ACCCUGUCAGGAACGUUUGCUCAAUCGGGCCGAUUGCAAAACAGACAUGGCGGUACUCGAAUUCUAGCGGUUAGAAUUCGGUCGGUUAUCGGCUCGAUUUCCAUCCGCCUGCUCGAUUGCUCGAAAACAGACGAUAUUUAUCGCAGUGCUGCAUGAACAAAACGAAACACAGGCAGUUUUCAAUCGCAGCAAUAUGGGUGCGUGUUUCGUUUUGGUGCGUGAUUGUUGUGAAUUGUGUUGUGAAAUUUGGUCGCAGUUCUGUUUCUGCCGUUUCCGCUGUUUCUUUUCAGAAAUUCUUUUAGCGGUAUGUAGAAGAAGCCAUUUGUCCGGCGAUAAUUUAAUAAAAAGCGAGAAAACAUCGGACCAUGCAAACAAAGCUUCCAAAGAAAUGUCCACACUGUACAGGCUCUGGUGGAAUGCUAUCCCGGACAUCGUAUCCGGAUCCGGAUCCCGGACACGCUCUAAGAAAACAUCGAUCCAUCGAAUUCCAAGGAAAUGUCCACACGGUACGGUAUCCAGAUCCGGAUCCCAGGCACGCUCAGAGGUGGUGGCUUCACUUGGAUUACUUUUCAUCAAUUUUCGGUGUUAUACUUCAAAAGGAAAGCAAGGUAAUCCACCGGAACAAAAAUUUUGGAGGAAAAAAAACAAGUUCGCGUAAAGCAUCGACACGAAGGCUUGGAGAGCCCCUAAUUAGGAAACAAAUUAGAGAUGGAAUUUAGGAAGAAAUAUCAUCAAAAGUUAGCCAGGAAGGGACGGAGAUGCGUACUGUUCGUGAUGGUUAAUUGCCGUGGCUGCAAAUGUUCGGGAGACUUCUAGAUUGCUCAACUUCCAACGCCGACUCCAAACAGGCUUGUGCGAUUGUCUGCUAGUGGAAGUAGUGAUUGCGACUACGAAAGGAGACCAUGCGUCAUUUCCACCACUUGUUGGUCCCAGUGGUCAUCUUGAAGACUGGUAGAGAAAGUAGAGCGGAAACGACAAUAGCACUUCUUCUAGUUAAAUCGAAGGUUAGUUAUAUGGUGCACAACGAUGUACUCGAUAUAAUGGUUUUCUCAUUUUCUUAGAAAAAACUAUUCAUGAUUAGAUGAAUUUUAUCUUAAUUAAUAUACAUAUUUCUAGAAAUAACUACAGGGACAAACCGAAUUGUUUAAAUUCUUUUUUUUUUUUUCGAUUGAAAACUUAACAAAUCUAAAUUCAUAGCAAAACGAUUUUUGUCCAUUUUUUUAAAACAACGGAACAAUUCUAUAUAAUCAUGAGCGUCGCUGAACGACCGUGUGAUCGGACAAAGAGUAAUUUGAAAUCCCAGGUUUAAGAAAACAGUUGUAAGAACAACUCCUAUGUUCUGAAUAUCGAUAAGUUGUAACUUUCUACACUCAUCUACAAACAAUCUUUUUACUCAAUUUUUUUUAUCAUAUUCUCAAUAUAAAAAAAAUGUAUCGUCCCAAGUAAAUACACCAAAAUUUUUCUUCUUCCAUUCGAAAUGAGAAUUCAAUUUUAAUACAUGCAAAUAAUUUAAAUAUUUUUUAUAAAAAUUUUAAAAACUAAUAGUUUUCUUUCUUUUCAGUCUACUACAAACAUUUUACUUUUAAUCUGGCCGUCAACACAAUUGAUUAAACAUUCUAACGUUGCUUCGGAGAAUCUCGGAGCUGAAUGGGAAUACAAAAAUUUCGCCAACACGUUCGAUGCUCAGCUGGAACAGCAUUCGGCAACAUGUUAUGUACAAGGCAAAUGUAGGAUUCCUAACCACAGAAAAUAAGCGGAAUUUCAGGUGAUUGUAAUCUCGUGACUUUUUCAUUCUAUGAAAAUUGAUAGAAUAACAAUGAAGUGUUCAUAUCUACGAACAGUGGGAAAUUAAAGGAUCUUCAAGAAAAACAGAGGGGAAAAGACUUCUAUAUUUGCGAUGACAUUUUUAACAAUUUUAUUAUUCAAUCAGUCAAAUUUUGCUUAAUAAACAUUCUAUUUGUUUAUUAUAAAUCCCCUUUGAUCUAUUUAGGAAAAUAUAAAUCUUAGAGGUGAAACAAUUUAGCGGUAAUUUCUUACUUAAGGGCUCUAGAGACAUGGAUGCAAAAAGCUCUUUCCGAGAAAACAUUAAUUAACUGCCAUGAUGCGAGAUUUUUCCUUUUAUUUAAGUUAUUAUUUAAGUUAAGUUCUAAUAUUCAAUCAAUUAAAACAAUGAAAUUCAAAUCUUAAAAUUGGCAUCAACUCAAAAUAAUUUGUUUGGCUCUAAACACCUCUAGCUUUUAAGACUAAGUAUUGCUAAAGUAUUGCAGUUCAACCAGUUCAAUCUUAGUUGAUUCAUACAUUUAGAUAUAACUAUUCAAUAUAAAGUACUUAUCAAUUGAAAAAUCACUCACAGUAGUGUAAUUAUUAUUGUAUCGAUAAAACUCUUAACGGCUUUUUGCUUUUUGCUUAAUUUGCAACUAAAAUAAUGUAAAAAAACAACUGUGAAAAUUUUAUAAAAUUAAUGUUCACGAAUAUAUAUUUCUCUAAAAAUGGAUUCCUCCGAAAGCUUAUGUCACCAAAAUAUUACCCGACGCUAUGUAAUUUUGAGACGAUAUAAAUUCAUGUCAAAAACGAUGUGCGUCCUAUUUGACAUAAAUUUAGAUCUUCGACGAUAUAAUAUUAUGUCGAAUAUGAAUUUAGAGCUUCAAGCGUUUUUGUUUUUUCUACUGUAAUUUUAUGUCAAAAGUGAGGCUUCAAUUUUGUGCAUCCAAUUUGACAUAAAUUUACACCAAAAAAUUAAUAGUGUGUAGACGAUAUCAAUCACGUUAUUUAAGUUAGAUUUAUUAUAAGUUUGAGCUAGGCUUCUUAUUAUAUAUUGAAAGAUGAUAUGAACUAACAUCCUAUUUUGCUUUUCCUUUUUUCUCUUGUCUUUUUGUAUUUCUUUUCAUGUUGCCUUCUGAUGAUGGCGAAUUCGCGUCAAGUUUGGAAAACUCGAACAACCGUCAAGCCAUCUCUUCACAACAUUGUACCCCGAAGAUGGAUUUCACAUGAUGUGGUCGUCAUCCCAAGGAUUUAAUCAACACCUGAAAAUGGACGAAUUGCUUAACAAGAAGAAGCUUGCGCCAGACAUCGCAAUGUCUUGUAGCAGAAGAGAUAACAAAAAAUAAAUUAGAAGAAAAAAACGGAAAAAUAAAAAACAAAUGAAAUAAAAGUCUCUAGCUUUUUGUAAACAAAC